CAAGAAGAAGCUCAGGCAACAACAUUCGCUUUUAUAACCAAACAUCAUUAGUCCACCAGAGGAUCUUCCAAACUCAUUGGAGAACAGAAAUCACUUUGUAGUGAGAGAAAGAGAGAGAGUUUCCUCCAAGAGAGAGAAGACAAAUUGCACUUUCCAUUAUUUAAUAUAUUAAAGAAAAAAAAAACAACAACCCACCAAUCAAUCAAUCAAUCAAUCAAAAACUCUAUAAAUUAAAGCUUCCAAUGAAUAAAUAAUGUUACCUCUUUCUCCUUGAGUUAAUGAUGUGUUGCUUCCUUUCUUUUGCUUGUGCAAUUUAUAUGCAGUGAUGAGUAAGUAAUAAGUUACCAAACCCGGCACAGCAACUUCCAGUCCUCACUGUCAUUGGGGGAUGGGCAAUGCUAGUGGCAAAAUUGAUGAAGAAGACACUUCAGGAGAGGGUUCACACGUUGGGUAUUAUGCGCCAGGUGCAUAUGCAGAGGCAGAGCCCAUGGCACACUCCCCUUCCAAUAGCCCUACUAGAUACCAACAGCCUCUUCUCUCUUUGAGUCCACAGGUUCCUGCAGCAAGACCUUCUGAAGUGAUGCAUUUCCACAAUUACGAUUGGGUGCAGAACACAAUAGAUUACAGGGAUGCAUUCAGUGAGAAACUGAACCCUGUAAUGAUAACAUGGAGUUAUGGUGGCAAGCAAGUUGCUGUCACUGGAUCAUGGGAUAAUUGGGAUAAAAGGCAGCCUUUGCAUAGAUCAGACUUGCCAUGGGAAUGUGAUGAUUCAGGGAUUGCCUACAAUAUUUUGGAUGUACAGGAGGAUGUUCCAGAAGCUCCAGAAAGCCUGUCCGAGUUCGAAAAUUCUCCAUCCCCAGUAACAAGCUACAAUAACGAGUCCUUGGAUGAUAAUGAUUUCAGUAAGCAGCCUCCUGACCUACCUCCACAACUUCAACUGACAUUGCUGAACGACCGAUCUUCUGCUUUAGAAAAUCAGCAGUCACUUCCAAGGCCUCGACACGCUGUGUUGAACCACCUUUAUAUUCAGAACAAUCGAGCUCAGCCAGUUGCACUUGGCUCGACUCAUCGCUUUCUUCAAAAGUAUGUGACAGUAGUAAUAUACAAGCCCUCACGGCGAUGAAAAGUAAUACCAUAUUCUUUUGAUGUUAUAGAUAUCAGCAUGGAUUGAUUUGACACAAUAGACCUUGUGAAUAUCGAAAUUCAUGGAAAUGGUAAAUUAAGAAGAAAAAAAAAAAAGCGCGUGUAGAAAAAUGUUAUAGUGUUUGCUGCAAAAUUCCUUAUUCAGUUGCUAUUUUGAACAUGAUAUAGUUCUUUUUCUUUCAUUUGUAACCUCUGGUUCUUGUGCAAGGCUUCAAAGAUAAAGAAAAAUACUACUAAAUUCACAUAUAUGGGAAUGUUCAUCUGAUGCCCUUGAAAAUUCUGUUAGAUUUUAGCAAACUGCAAUUUUAGCAAUGUUAGAAGGGUCACUAGGUAUGUAAUCUGGAGUUUUUACUACGUUCUUCAA